GAGUUAAUCCUUUAGUGGUGUGGUGUUUUUUUAUAUAUUUAUUUAUGCAUCGUGUAUUGGAAACAUUGGAUCUAAAGUGAAGGGUCUCAAAAUAUAUCAAAAUGAGUAAGCCGGAAAGCAACGCGUUUUCAAAUGAAGGCUUUAGCAAUGCAGGAGACGAUCCACCGAAGAAAAAGGACGAUGUGGAGGUUGAUGAAGAACCUGAGCGUGCAAUGUGGGGAAAUCAGAUUGAGUUCCUCAUGUCGUGCAUUGCCACAUCUGUGGGUCUGGGAAACGUUUGGCGGUUUCCCUUCGUUGCUUACCAGAAUGGCGGAGGCGCCUUCCUCAUCCCAUACAUCAUUGUACUCAUCUUAGUGGGAAAACCGAUGUACUACUUGGAAGCCGUUUUGGGACAAUUCAGCUCGAGAAAUUCUGUGAAGAUUUGGUCUAUGUCACCCGCUAUGAAAGGUACGGGGUACGCUCAAGCUCUGGGAUGUGGUUACAUUCUCUCGUAUUACGUGUCCAUCAUCGCUUUGUGUUUGUAUUAUUUAUCCAUGAGCUUCCAAUCUACACUUCCUUGGGCUGUGUGUGAUCCGGCCUGGGAAAACUGUGUGCCGUCAGGUCAAACGGAGAAUUUCGACCACACUCUCAAUGGUACAAGUAGCGCUGAGCUAUACUUUACGCGUACAGUUCUUCAGCAGAGUGAUGGCAUUGAAGGAGGUCUCGGUUUACCCAUUUGGUAUUUAACUUUGUGUCUGCUUGCGUCGUGGUUUGUCAUUUUCGUCAUCGUAUCACGCGGUGUGAAGAGUUCAGGAAAAGCUUCGUACUUCCUUGCGCUGUUCCCCUACGUCAUCAUGAUCAUCUUGCUCAUCACCACAUUACUUUUGCCAGGUUCUGGCAAUGGUAUAUUAUACUUCAUCACUCCACAAUGGGAUAAGCUGUUGGAGUUGAAUGUAUGGUAUUCAGCGGUUACGCAAGUGUUCUUCUCAUUGUCAGUAUGUACUGGAGCUAUUAUCAUGUUCUCCUCAUACAACGGCUUCAAACAAAACGUAUACAGGGACGCCAUGAUUGUAACCACCUUGGACACAUUCACGAGUUUGCUAUCUGGUAUUACAAUCUUUGGUAUCCUGGGCAACUUGGCGUAUGUUCUAGAAAGAGAAGUUAAAGAUGUUGUCGGUUCAGGCGGUACUGGUCUCGCCUUCGUAUCUUACCCCGAUGCUAUUGCUAAGACUUUCCAACCACAGUUAUUCUCCGUAUUGUUCUUCGUUAUGAUGCUGGUACUCGGAGUAGGAUCUGCGGUAGCUCUGCUAUCAACGAUCAACACAGUACUAAUGGACUCCUUCCCACGAGUGCGCACAAUCUACAUGUCUGCUUUCUGUUGUACCAGUGGAUUUGCUAUUGGACUUGUUUAUGUUACCCCGGGUGGUCAAUACAUUUUGGAACUUGUUGAUUACUACGGUGGUACUUUCCUUGUUCUGUUCUGUGCUAUUACGGAAAUCGUUGGAGUGUUUUGGAUUUACGGUUUAGAAAACGUUUGCUUAGAUAUUGAAUAUAUGCUUGGAAUUAAAACAUCGAUCUACUGGCGGUUCUGCUGGGGUAUUGUCGCUCCUGCUAUUCUCAUCACUGUAUUUAUUUAUGCAUUACAAUCAUUUGAAGCGCUCGUUUUCGGUUGUUGUUACUAUUAUCCUACAGCCGGAUAUGUCUCGGGCUACAUGAUGCUCAUCGUCGGUGUACUGUUUGUACCUAUAUUUAUGUUUAUCGCAUUGUACAAAUACAAAACUGGAAACUUUGUUCAGACUCUGAAGCAUUCAUUCAGUCCAAAGUCCAGUUGGGGUCCGCGUGCAGCAAGUGAGAAACAAGGAUGGUCUCAAUUUAAAGAAGACGCCAAAUCCGCCAGGCGCGAACAGAAGACGUCGUGGGGUCGUCACAUUUGGCUCAGUUUAACGGGGGGAUAUAAAAGACCCUUUUAAUUACGUCCAACACCAAAUAGUACAAAACAUUGUUUAUAGAAAUAGAUAGGUACGCUAAUAUUAAUUAAUUGUAGAUAUAAUUAUAUAAUGUAUAGAAACGUAGUGUUAGGUACUAACAUAGUAACUAUAAACAAUUUAGUAAAAUGUGUUACUUGAGUAUUACUAUAUAAAUUUUUGUUCAAAUGUACCUCUCAUCGUUACCAAAAUCUCGCCAAAAGUAACUAGCUAGAUAAUUUAAUUUUCUUUAUUUAUUUAUCCUAAAUACUUUAUCAUGCCUUUAAUUGGUUUUGCGUAAAAAACUUCUUAGCAGUCGGGAACUACCUUAUUGGUAUCAUAAAUAUCAUAAUGUCCUAACUCCUAACGUAACAUAUCGUUUCCUAAAAAACCUAAGUCAGUGAAAACAAUAACUAUCCUAUUUUGUAUAUUUAAAUAAUUUUCAUAAAGCAUGCAGUUAUGAUGCUUUAACUAAAGUUGGUUCGUAGGUGUAUAUUAUGUUAGGUAUAAUAUUAAAAGUAUAGUAGGUAUAGUUAUGACAUUGUUAAGAUACAUGUAUUUAUUUGUACAAAUUGAUAUUACUGAAAUGUGAUAUAAAAAUAUUUUAAUAAAAUUAAAGCAUACAUGACUAUUUAUGCUAUGAUAGAAACGCUUAUGAAUAGAAGUUGUAACAUACACAUUAAAACUUGUAGAUAUUCAAAGGUUUUUGUAUUGUGAAGAAACACGGAACAGGAAUUUUCUGUUCGGUGUGCCGUGUGAGGUACCUACCUACGAUAAAAAUAAACAGUAAGGUUGUGUAAUUUAUUUCAAGUAGAUUAUUCUUUAUGUACCUAUAUGUAUAUGUUACCGGAAAUGUAUG